UCAAACCACGAGUUGUGCCAAGAUGUUUGCGAAGUACGUUUGUGUUCUGCAGUUUUUCGGUUUGUUAGCCCUAUGCAGUGCAUUUAAAUUACAUCCAGUUAUAACACCAGAUAUUCCAGCCAACACCAAUUUAACAACGGGCCCAUUUGUGAGGAUCGGAAGUGGAUAUUACUUAUUCGAGUUGAAAAACUGGAGAAACUGGUACGAAGCCUAUGAAACUUGUCGUACGAUGGACGCUGAACUGAUAACGAUAGAAACUAUCGAGGAAUGGAAUGAAAUCAAUCGAUAUAUGCAAGAAACGAAAAUCGAUAACUCGUACUGGACCUCCGGCACUGACCUGGCCAAAGAGGGAGCCCACGUAUGGUUUUCAAGCGGACAACCCAUUAAUAUAAAGGUCUGGGCUAGAGGACAGCCCGACAACGCAGGCAAAGUUGAGCACUGUGACGAGCUGGGAUGGAAAGGCAAUAAUACGACUGGAUUAAACGAUGGCCCUUGUGCAUCACUUAAACUCUACAUCUGCGAGGCGAAGCAGCCUGUAACUGCUUCAUUUGUUCUUUGGUAACUAUUAAGAAAACUUAAGAAAAAACGACAUGAAAUAUAUGAACAGUGCGACUUUUAUUGGAAGUGAAACUACA